GCCAUGUCAAGUCUUCACCAAGUUGAUGACUACUCAAGAUCGAGCGUGAAGAUGGCUUUGGAUAUUGCGUUGGGGGAGUCGCGUGGUUACUGGAAAUACCAUGUGCCUGACAAGAAGUUCAAGCAAGCGAAAGCUGUAGGAAAGAUCAACAACGAAAAAGCUACUCUGUUGUUUGACAGUGGUGCCGAAGUGUCUAUCCUAGACACCGCCUUUUCUCGUAAGGUGGGGUGCUACAUUGACGAAAGUCAGACAUUGGAGUGCGAAGGCGUCGGAAAAUCUCCAUACAUGGCGGAAGGACGUGCACGGGUCAAGAUCACGCUCGCUGGAUCACUUGUGUAUUUUUUCGAUGAUUGGGUGGGUCCGCCGACCGGCGGUCAGGACUUAAUCAUCGGCAUGGACUUCAUGGUACCGGCGGGUAUCCGCCUCGAUCUUGCCGACGGGACAAUCUGCCUGCCUGACGAAGUGCGGAUCCAGCUCGCUGGGAGACGUCCGCUCUACGGAGACAAGGUGGAGCAGGUGACCUUGACCGGUUACCGCGAGAUCGACAUAGCGGGAACCGUUGAGGUGAAGCGGCGCACAAGAUCAACAGAGCAUCAGAAACUCUGGGUUACGCGCGGCGAUCGGUGGGUGCCUACCGUGACUGGUGGAUCGGGCAAGAUCCGCUACCUGCAACUGACAAACGUGAGCGAUCGCGAGUUAGUGCUGCAUCAGGGUACGCGACUCGCGAUGUGGCUGGCCGGAGAUCGAGUGCCGCGCUUACCUGGGUAUGUCUCCGUUGGAUCUCGCAGGUACGCGGAGUGGCGGAACUUCGCGUACCAAGCAACCACCGAUGCUACCAAGGACGUGCCUGAGCCCGCCGACGUGCAGGGGUCUGCUGUGGAGCGGCCGCAGUACACAACGCCGACGGCGAUCUUGACCCGG